UUAAAAGUUAGCCUUCUGCUAGCAUGGAUGUACAUGCUACGUCUUCGCCAAGCGUAUAUUUGCUAUUAAUGGUUAACUUAUUUCAUUCUAGACAUCGUCAUUUAUGUCUCGCAACCCUGCAAGUGUGCUCAUUUUCUGCCACUGCUGAUAAUUUCGCUUGAGGGAACAGAUAACUGCUCGACAGUGGACUGGGACUGCUAGCUACAAAAAAUACUACGGACUCUAUCACUGAAUAUUUUCAUGAUACGAGCGCAGUCUAGCAUCCUUUGACUCAGCAGUACAUGAUGAGUCUGCUGUCUCGCUUCACUGUAGCCGUGCUCCCCUUAGCACUUUCUUUAUUAGCCAGUUUUUUCAUCAGCCUCUUGUCCAACGGUGAAGCCGGACAGGUUAAACGACAUGAGACCAGAGCACAUGGACGGCUUGUUUACAAUCCCGCAAAGCCACAGAACAAUUCAACGAGGGAUAUACACCCUAUAAGAUCCCAGAAAAGUAAUAUUUCCAGAGGCAGUGAAUGCACCAUGGCCCCUGAGAGUCGGUUUGACUGUGGCAGGGACAAGCUGCUCAGCCAGAGCGAGUGUGAGGAGAGGGGAUGCUGCUACGCCCCUCUGCCUGACUUUGCAGGACCACCCUGGUGCUUUUACCCCCGUGUGUACCCGGGCUAUAAAAUGGGCCCCCUCACACCUACCCCUCGGGGUCAGGCUGCUAACCUGACUCGGGCCAUCCCCUCUUAUCUCCCCAAAGAUAUUUCCACUCUGAGACUAGAUGUCAUAGAAGAGACAGCAGGCUGUUUCCACCUCACUUUAAGGGACCCAUCAUCUCAGCGGUAUGAAGUUAAUCUCCCAGGUGGCGUUCCUCAGAGCAAAGCCAAAACACAGAGUGCCCUCUACAUCACUGAAUACCAGUCUGACCCAUUUGGCUUUAUAGUGCGACGAAAAUCCAAUGGGAGGGUGAUUAUGAACACCACUGUUGCUCCUCUGCUGUUUGCUGACCAGUACCUGCAGCUGUCCACCACACUGGCCUCUUCCCUUGUGUCUGGUCUUGGGGAGCAUUACACCGCUCUCCUCUUGGACCUCAACUGGACUUCCCUGACUCUCUGGAACAGAGACAUGGCACCUCAUGCUGAUGCUAACCUCUAUGGCUCCCACCCAUUUUACAUAGUACAGGAAGAGGAUGGCUUAGCACAUGGAGCUUUCCUUCUCAAUAGCAAUGCAAUUGAGGUGAUGCUGCAGCCGACCCCUGCUCUCACCUGGGUGUCCACUGGUGGAAUCCUGGAUCUGUAUGUUUUCUUGGGUCCUGACCCUCAAAGUGUUAUACGACAGUAUCUUCAGAACAUUGGCUAUCCAAUGAUGCCUCCUUAUUGGUCUCUGGGAUUUCAUCUGUGCCGCUGGGGUUACACGACCAGUAAUACAACCCGGAAGGUUGCACAACGUAUGCACAGUGAAAACUUUCCCAUGGAUGUACAGUGGAAUGACCUGGAUUAUGCAAAUAAGCGAAGGGUGUUCACCUUUGACCCCUGGCGGUUUGGGGAUCUACCAGAGAUGGUGGAGGAGUUUCACAAGAGAGGCAUGAAGUACAUCCUUAUUCUGGACCCGGGGAUCAGCAGCACCAGCCCCCCUGGAACUUACCCACCCUUUGAUGAUGGACUUAAAAGAGAUGUUUUUAUCAAAAACGCUACAGGACACAUCCUGAUAGGGAAGGUUUGGCCUGGCCCAACAGCCUUCCCUGACUUCACCAACCCAGAGACCAGAAAGUGGUGGGAAGACAGCAUCAGAGAUUUUCACUCUAAAGUUCCUGUGGAUGGUCUGUGGAUUGAUAUGAAUGAACCAGCCAGUUUUGUGCAGGGCUCAGUGGAGGGCUGUCCUGACAGUGAUCUUGAGAACCCACCAUACACACCCAGUGUUGUUGGAGGACAGUUGAACUCAGGAACGCUUUGCAUGUCGGCUCAGCAGAAGAUAUCAGUUCACUACAACCUGCACAAUCUUUACGGACUGACAGAAGCUUAUGCAACGCACAGUGCUCUGCUGAAGGUACGGAGGAAGAGACCCUUUGUCCUGUCUCGCUCCUCUUAUCCCGGCAUCGGACGCUUCUCUGCAGUGUGGACAGGAGAUGUCAGGAGUGACUGGGAGCAGCUCAGAUUCUCCAUUCCUGCGAUCCUGCAGUUCAGCCUGUUUGGGGUCCCUCUGGUGGGAGCUGACAUAUGUGGCUUUGGAGGAAACACCACUGAGGAGUUGUGCGUUCGCUGGAUGCAGCUUGGGGCCUUCUAUCCAUUUAUGAGAAACCAUAAUGACAAGCCUAAUGCUCCUCAAGAGCCCUAUGUGUUUAGGCAGAGGGCCCAGGCAGCUAUGCGGAGUGCGCUGAACCUCCGUUACACCCUUCUCCCGUUCCUCUACACACUCUUCCAUCAUGCACACACUUCUGCUGAAACUGUGGCCAGACCUCUGUUCAUGGAGUUUCCCAGUGACCCUAACAGUCAGACCAUAGAUAAACAGUUCCUGUGGGGGAGUUCACUUCUUAUUAGUCCAGUUUUAGAGCAAGGGGCUGUAGAACUGGCUGCAUACCUGCCCCCUGGCACUUGGUACAGCCUGCACAAUGGGCAGCCUUUCUACAGUAAAGGUCAGUACCUGCUUCUGGAAGCUCCUCUGGACACCAUCAAUGUUCAUGUGAGGGAGGGACGCAUCAUUCCCCAGCAGGAGCCUGCUUUGACACCACAGCCUCGCGCACAAACCCUUUCUUCUCUGACUGUGGCGCUGUCAGCAGGUGGCUGGGCCUGGGGCGACUUGUUCUGGGAUGAUGGGGAGAGCGUUGACACUUUUGAAAUGCAAAAUUAUUGCUACGUUAUCUUCACUGCCGGACAGUCUCAGAUUGUGAGUGACCCUCUCAAGCUGAACGGGGAGCUGGACAGUCUGGUGCUGGGAGGGCUGCAGGUUUUCGGGGUGCCUUCACCGCCUCGCUACGUAUUAGCAAAUGGAGAGAAAGUCAGGGGAUUUUACAUAUCGCACUGACACUGAGGUUUGGACGGUGAACUGGUCUGGCCUUACCCAUGUCAAAAGUGUUUACAGUCCAGUGGGUUCUCUGAUGCACUGAAUUUCAUUAAAAGAUCAGCUGUAGUUUUCUGCAGUGACACAACCAUUGCAGCCAUACCAGGGAUUCAGUGUGCACCGUAACACCUGCUGCAUCUAUUCUUUUAAAUUGCCAGGAAUUUGGUUCGAGCCAUCAUGACAUACCUGGUUUGCAUUCGCUACUGCUACAAUCAAAAUAGAUUGAUA